AUUUUAAUAAAAAAUUUCAAAAGUUCUUAACUAAACUUUAAUAAAAUAUUUUAAAAUAAUUUAACAAAAUGGAAGAAAAUACUACACAAGAGAAAGAAGAAAAUAAUGAAUGUGCAGUAGCAACCGAAAAGAAUGUUUGGAAGGAACUAAUUUCACAAACAAGAAAUAGAAGCAGCAAAUUUGACAGCAGGACCCAAUUAGUUUUUGAUGCGUUAAGAGAAAAACUUAAAAAAACAACUCAAACUAAAGAUAAAACUGACAUUGAAGUACAACUGGAAAAUAGUGAAUUGCAUUUGGAGGAGCUAAUACAAUUUGGCAAUGAACUGGUUAAUAAUAUCAAAAGUGCCAAUGAGCAACAGGAAUUGUUGCAAAGUCAGGAAAAACAUGCCAAAGAUAUGGAACUGCAAGAAAACUUGCGCAAGGAAGCUGAAAUAUCUUUGGGACAAUUUCAAGACAUCAAUAAGAAAUGGCUGGAAAUGAAUAAUUUAAAGGAACCUAUGGCCAUUUAUGAAAAUAUGCAAAAACAAAGAGAAAAUAUUUCCAAUUUAAUGGCCAGCAAAGAUGAACUCAUAGAACAAUGCCAGCAAGAACUCAAGCGCAUUAAUCAGAAAUACUAUUUUGAUCAAGAUAAGCAAUCGCAAGACAUUUGUUUUCUGGUGGAGAGAAUAGAUCAGCAAAUUGAAUUAUUAAAAAGAACCUACCGAACAAGUAUUUACGAUUUACAGAAUACCAUUGACAAGGAAAAACAGAAGAUUCUCUCUGUGGCCCAAGAAAAAUGGAAUACUGUUUAUGAACACCUCACGGUAAAUGAAGCACAGAAAAUGGAAUUGGUUAAGGACAAACAAAAGUUCUAUGAAAAAGAAUUAGAGAAUAUACGCAAUAAGCAGGAAGAGAUCACUAGAACUACUAGGAUAAGGCUGGAGAAAGAUGCUGAAAUAUUGGAACUGGAAAUACGUAAAACACGCGCCAAUAUUUUAAUGAAUUCCGAAAAGAUUGAUUAUAAUUAUCAGGUUUUGCAAAAGAGAAAUGAGGAAAAUAUUAUAAUAAAUAAUCAGCAAAAGAGAAGAGUGGCUAAAUUUAAUGAAUCUAUAGUGGUGUUGAAAAGGAAAUUAUCAGAGCUUAAGGAAAAUAAUAGACUUGCUAUGGAGAGAUUAACGUUGGAUAUACAAAAACUACAUGCCAGUAUAAAUGAUCUACAAAUAAAAGCCGAACAUUUUCGUAAAAAUAAUAGAACCAAGCUGGCCAAAGUUUGGAAUAUAAACUUUAAGGAAAUCAAACAUUUGGUGACACGUGUUUUUGAAAUCGAUCGCAUAUUGUAUGAGCAACAAUUGGCCCGCAAAUGGUUUCCACCAGAUAUCGACCUAGACCAAUACGACUAUGUAAAGGAAACACAAAACUAUCGGAAACCUAAUAAAAUGUUAAUGAAACAAGCAGAAACAAUUAAAUCAAGUACAUUGCAAUCGUGUCAUAAACAAUUGCAUGAUAUUUUACAUAAAAUAUCUGAUCGUGCUGGAUUUUUGGUGGAAGAGAGACUUUUGGAAAUCCUAAAACCCUAUACUGACGAUGAGAAAUGUUUGGUUAGAAUAGAAAGUAUAUUUUCGGCCCUUAAUAUAACAGAUAUAGCUGUAGUGGAAAGCUUAGUGAAAUAUUUUGAGCCCUACUCUUGGUGUCCCAAUUGUUCUUCAGGUUUGCCAGUGGGUUCUUUCAAAUCAUUAUACUCUUUUAAAAGACAUUCUGAGGGUGAGAUUGGGGAAGAGAAAAAUUAUCAAGAUAAAGCAAUAGAGAAUUCAACUAACAAUUUAUGCACGAAUCAUAUGCUCUGCAUGGAACCGACAUUGGUUUUAACGGCCUUAAACGAAUUCAUCAGUAAACAAGUAAAUAUGGCGGGUAAAUCGGUGGAAACAAGAAAAUUAAAUAAAAAUCCGGAAGUGGAUUUGCUACAAUUUGACAAAUCACAAAUAACCAGUUAUUGGCAGCAAUUCUCCACCUAUAUGUCAAAAGAUCAGCAAAACAUUUGGAAAACCAUAGAACAUGGCCUCAAUCAUUACCUGGAGGUGUUAAAGAAGCGUCAACAAAUCGACAGUGAAUGUGUUUUCCUGCAAAAACAAAAUGCGGAAUUGAAACAUUUAUUGCAAAAGUUGUAA